AUGGUCAAUCGAGGAGGGCGUAGCAAAGCGUGCAGAACAUGCAAGCGAAGACGCGUAAAAUGCGAUCACAGCAAGCCGCAUUGUCAGCGAUGCGAGAAAGCUGGGUUGGCUUGUGAAGGCUAUGUCACGUACGGCGAGUUUGUUGAUGAGACGACGCGAUUCGCAAAAGAUAAAUCGCCAAUGAAGGACAACCAGCUCCAGGUUCAACUGGCCAAUACGUCUUCUAAGACGCCUGAACGACAGAUGUGCCGUCCAUCACCACUGUUACUGGAUCAAGACGCCGUAAUUCAUGCCCAUCUACUAUCGAGGAUUGAUGAAGUAACGCCUUUGAUGGCUAAUCUCGAAUCCAUCACAUUGUCAGGUUCUACACGUUCUCUUGCAGUGCGAGCACUAGCAGCCGUAUACUUUGGCAAAACCAACAGUGACAAGCGUGUCUUUGACCUCGGAAGUAGAGAGUAUGUGAAAGCCUUGAACAGAGUGCAACUUGACCUGGCGAGUUCGACUGCUGUUCUCGAGUGGGACACACUUGCUAGUGUCAAGCUGAGAGGACCAUGGAGACACCAAACAGUCCUGGAGAGGGAACUCCUCAGACAGUGCCGGUUCGAGAUAACAGUCCCCUGGCCAUCGACCGUACCAAAGACAGCUAGUGAUGCCUUACACGAUAUCUUUGCCCGCGUUCCCGGCCAGUUGCAUGACAUGGAUCGUGUAGAAAGAGGUGAAGUUGACAGCGAGUUCUCUGAUGAACUUCGGCAACGAGUCGAGACUACGUUGUCGGAUCUUGAAGACUGGGAGCAGUUCUAUCAGCACCCUCGACCUCUCACCGGUUGCCCUCUCGCUUCAACACAAGACAGCACUUCCCACCCAGUCAGACACAAAGCCCUUCUUGCAUUACAAAGAGCAAUAAUACUCUGCAUGACCGGUCUCUGUUCCUUCUUUAACAUUCCUCUGGUAGCUGAGAUACCAGCUAUUCUUGAAGAUCGACAAGUAGUCAGGAAAGCAAUUGCCGCUGAGAUAUGCCAAUUAGCAGCAUCAUGUCUUGGACACGAGUCUCACAGCACGGAGUCCUUACUGUUCAUAUUUCCACUUCAAAUAGCAAGUAUGAACUUCGACAGGGGCAGUGUAGAGGAGAAAGGGGCUGAAGAAAUCAUGAAUGGGGUCAUUGCCGGGACUCAUGGAUUUGAGAUUGGGAGAAGACGGGAAUGGAAGUCAUCGAGCGUAAUUCUAAUCAAGUAA